CGCGCCACACAAGUCCGGCGAGUCGGCGAGCGUAGAGACACGUAGAGACGCGGCGCGUAAGGGCUUGCAGACCGGAAUCGAACCGCGGGUGUCGAAGGUGGUUUCUCUCACAUUCCCCAUAUCUUGGUAGCGCGCCACGGGAACGCGCGACGCACACGCACGUCAAGCGGGCACGCAACGCACUGCAGCAACCACUGUCGGGUGGCAUUCGCUGUCCGCGCACUGCCCGGUGACCGACCGUGUUGGUUCGGCUGUGUCCGUCCGUCAUAUUAUAUUCCCAGAUCGAGAGAGUGAGAGAGAGAGCAAGGUUGCUGGCACGUAGUCGGUGUUGCGACGCAGAGAGGAGGAGGAAGAGGAGGAGGAGGCGAAGGAGGAGGAGGAGGAAGAGGAGGAAGAGACGGACGGCGAUACGUGCGCGUACGGAGUGAAGCGAGAACGAGCGGAUCGGGGACCGAUUGCCGGCCAUGGAGAAGCGGAUAGAGCUCGAAAAGCGGGGAAAGAAGCCCGGCGACAUCAAAGAACUUGUUCUUGAUAAUUGUCGGAGUACACAAAUUGUGGGUCUGACAAAUGAAUUCAGUGCCCUGGAGUCAUUAAGUCUCAUCAACGUGGGUCUUACCAGUCUAAAAGGCUUCCCAAAAUUAUCCAGUCUCAAAAAGUUGGAGUUAAGCGACAAUCGAAUUUCGGGCGGCUUAAAUUUACUUGAUUCAAGCCCCAAGUUGACUCAUUUGAAUCUGAGUGGAAAUAAGAUCAAAGAUCUUGACACAUUACAACCAUUGAAAGAGUUCAAAAAUCUGAGGAGCCUGGAUCUGUUCAACAAUGAAGUGACAAAUAUGGAUAAUUAUAGAGAGAAAGUCUUCAAUCUUAUUCCCAGUCUACGAUAUCUUGACGGAUUUGAUGCCGAUGAUUGUGAGGUCGACAGCGAAGGAGAUGAUGACGAAGUUAAUGGAAACGAAGAUGGCGAAGGAGGUGGCAACGAAGAUGACAGUGAAGAAGUAGUUUCAGAUGAAGAAGAUGAUGAUUUCUUAGAUGACGAACCAGGAUUGGAGAGUGUCUAUAAAAAAAGUUUGGGGACAGUGACGAAGAAGAUUAUUUGGGGGAAGAAGAGGAAGAAGAUGAUGACGAAGAUAAUGAAGAAGAUGAACAGGAAGAAGAGGAAGAGGAGUCUCCUGUCCGAGGAAAGAAAAGAAAAUUUGAGGAUGCAGGGGAGAACCUGAAUGCUUAAAAUGAAGGGACUGUCUCUAAAUACUGUUGAAUGAGUGUAAAAUUCAUAUAAAUAAUAAUUGCGACGCCGAGUGAACAGCUGGGAAUCAAACUAAUCGAUCGACCAAUGACAGACUACAGUUAGUGAUAUGAAUUUAUCAGUACAUCAUUGACUGCGAGGAAAUUGUCUGUGUAACAACAAAAGAUUUAUCUUAUGAUAGAAGAGGAAUAUAUAGGAGACGUGAGAAAAACUGGGAAAGAAACGGAUAAUGAUGGCAUAAAAAUAGGGCUGCAUUCCAGCUGGACACAGCACAGUUUUAGUUAUACUAACGAUAUUUUAUAUAGAGUAUAUAGAGUUAGAGUAUUAGUGGUGUUGCAGAGUGGAAGAAAGAUUGAAGAGAGAAAGCAUGAGAGAAAGAGAAGGAUGGGGCGAGAGUGAGAGUGUGAGAGAACGAAAGGGUAUACAUGUGUGCGUGUGUGUGUAUGCAUGUGUGUAUGUGUGUGUGCGUGCGUGUUGUGUAUGUGUAUAUAUGUGUGAGCGAAAAGGACAGGAAUAGAUUGUGGGAGAUGCGGAGUUUUACACUUGAAGGAGCAUCUUGUCUGUUAGCUCCAGUCGGCCAAAGGCUGGUCACGCUGGAAUGCGGUCAUCGUUAAUCAGUACUAAGGUUACAUAAGUUACAUUUUAAAUACAUUAUUAUUGUACCGUGAAUAAGUAUAGAGUAAACGAGGAACAACUUUUGUACAGGUUUACACCAUACAUCGAGGUGCAUUAUAUGCCUCUGUGAUUUUUGGGACAGAAAAUAAAGAAAGAGAAAUAUAUGUUACUCGUAUACGUGAGCGUAUAUAUUCGACGAGAGUGGGAUAUGGGGAUUGAGAAAGAAUAUGUUAAAAACAAAAAA